AUUCAGGUAUAUUAUUGUCUCAAGAUGUUUCGGGAUAAAAUAGUUAUUCUUUAGUUAUUGCAUUUCAGACCUUGGUAUCAAAAUGGCCUAAGAUGAAAGAAUUCUGCUGUUUUGUAAGGUUUUUACCUUUAGUUAUUUAAUCUCGAGCCUUAAUUGCAUUGAGAUGAUUUAAGAUUAAUAAAUCACAAAGACAUAUAUGGAAUUUAUGAAAAAAUGAUCGCGAGUCAUGGAAUUUUCUUAUUUUGUUAUACGAGUUUGUAAAUAUUUGGGUUUUUGUUGCUUUGAUGUAAAUUACUCUAUAAAAUGUGAAAUAAAUAAAUAAUAACAAUGGGCUGGGCUUAUGAUUGGGCCAUGGGAUCAACGGUCAAUGUUCAAUUUUCAUCCUUUAAUAUUUGGCGGGCGGCCCGAUCGGGGCUUCAAGACCCGACUGGUUGGAGCGGCCUUUCUCGGCCAAUCGAUUUCACAAUCCAAUUCCAUUUCAAUGUCGAACAUUCAAAUUUCAAAAUACAUUGCCCUCCAAAUUCUCAAGAUUCUCGUUCGAUUCCAUUCGAACACCCAACUGGAUUUCAUUUCUCAGAUCUUUCAAUCCUACUUUCUCUAGAAACUGGCUGUGAUUAUAAACUCAAACAUGUCCUCAGACAAACCCGGUGAAGAUGCCGGGGUUUCUGGAUUUGAAUCCGAAGAAACCGAGCCCGAUUCUGAGCUUGAGGAGCUGGAGCUUGAAGUUCAGCAAAUGGCUCAGAGGAUUCUUCACUACAGAUCCACUAUGUGGGCUGAAAUCAAGUCCUCAUUCUGUUCGUUACUUGAAUCCUCGAGGCCUCUCGCCAUAGCUUCGGAACCAGGAAUAUCUGCUCGUCCGUAUCAUGAAGAUGAUGAGCAAACCACAAGAGGUGAAGACACAAUCCUUCAUGAAGAGGGUUUAGAAACCGCAAAGAAGAUACAAUUGAUGAAAGAUAAAAUAUCAAGUAAUAUUACUAUGAUCCCAACAGUCCUGAAGAGGAUGAAAGACUGUAUUUCAACAAUUGACAAAUUGGAUUCUUAUAAUGGAGUCAUACAUCCUGCAUUCAAAAGGAAAAAAACUAGCUGAAUUUAACUGGGAUACCUAUGGUUGUUAUUUUAGUGACAAUUUACUUUUACAAGGAAGUCUUGAGUGUAGUAUCAUUAUUGAGUUAGAUGUUUAGUGUAUUGAGCUUUACAAUGUGUUGUCAAAAGGGGCUGAAUAUGUAGCAUAACGUUUUGUGUAUAAGGUUACUGAAGCUUUAGUUUUCCAUUUGUUGAUGUAUAAAAUAAUUGAAAUAUUGGACUAGAAAGUUCUACUUCAA